GGGAGUCCAGCGCGGUGGCGACCGAUUGGAUUGUGCGCGGUAGACGUCGUCUUCUCACGUUCCUGCUCUAAAGGAAAACUUCCGUCUUUCGGAUUAAAAAGCAACAAUAAAGCACAAAUAAAAAGUUUGCGCUCCUACACCGAGGACGGAGAAGGGGGAAGGGACUGUGCGGGCUCCUCCUCUGUGCAGGGCGUUGUCUAACAAAGAGCCGGCCCACCACCUCCUCGCUCCCUUUCACCUAAAGCGGGCCUUUGGACGAGGAUGACAAUGGAAGAGAUGAAGAAUGAAGCUGAUGUGACCUCGAUGGUUUCCAUGACGUUGUAUGCUGUGAUGUACCCGGUCUUCAACGAGCUGGAGAGGGUGAACCUGUCGGCGGCCCAGACUCUGCGGGCUGCUUUUAUCAAGGCGGAGAAAGAGAAUCCGGGUCUCACUCAGGACAUCAUCAUGAAGAUCCUAGAGAAGAAGAAUGUGGAGGUGAAUUUCACAGAGUCGCUGCUGCGGAUGGCUGCUGAUGACGUCGAAGAGUACAUGAUUGACAGGCCGGAACAGGAGUUCCAGGACCUGAAUGAGAAGGCCCGGGCGCUGAAACACAUCCUGAGCAAGAUCCCCGACGAGAUCAAUGACCGAGUGCGCUUCCUUCAGACAAUCAAAGACAUCGCCAGUGCAAUCAAGGAGUUGCUGGAUACCGUGAACAACGUCUUUAAGAAAUACCAGUACCAGAAUCGCAGGGCACUUGAACACCAAAAGAAGGAGUUUGUGAAGUACUCCAAAAGCUUCAGCGAUACCCUCAAAACUUACUUCAAAGAUGGAAAGGCGAUAAAUGUCUUCAUCAGCGCCAACAGACUCAUCCACCAAACCAACUUAAUACUGCAGACCUUUAAGACCGUAGCCUAGAAGCCCUGCCCUCUAGAGGCGUGGUGAUGUUUUAAAAAUUGGAUAGAAUAACCUUUAUGUAAAAUGUAAAGUUUUUUUUCUUUUUCUCUUUCAUCUUCUUUUUGGACUAUAAUUUAUAAGUCUUGCUUCAUGGGGGAGGGGUCUUGAGGCAGGCAUUCUGAACAGUAUAAUUGCCAGCUUUUAUAAUUUCUUACGUUUUCUCCUCCUAAUCACGACCUCACCACAGUGAUCGUCGCUUCCUGUCUUUCGCUGUCACCACUGUUCUAUCCAAAAAAAGCCAAAAAAUCGCUCGCCUUAAGUGUCAUGUGACAUUCCUUAUAUGAAAUGUAAAUAUUGGUCCGCUGACAUUCUAACUUGAAGAGUAAGACGUAAAACACAAGUUAUGUAUUUAACACAUCGGUGGCAAAUGUUCAAAUAAAUAGUUUACAUAUGUAA